AUGAUCAUGAGAGAAGCUAAACUAACAAUCAAUAUUGAAGGAAUACUAAAAGAGUGCCAGUCUCUUGAUAGAAACGAUAUAUCCAUCACAUCAGUUAAAGAAAUAAACUAUAUGAACAUACUGAAGCGCAUCCUUAAAGAUAAUCUAAAAAUAGAAAGCGAGGAGCUUAGUGAGAAGAAGAAGGAGACUAUUCUAAAAAUAAUCGAGAACGAUAUCUGCCAGCACUUUAUAUACAGUUUAGCUGAAAGGUCUAUUAUGCAAAAGAUAAGUCCUGAAUUAUUGAGUGGAACUGAAGAAAGAAUUAAAUAUGCAUUUAUCUCCCUAGCUACUGAACUUAUAAGACCAAAUCAACUUAUGUACAACCCAUCGCACGGAAUAACCCGAGAAUUUGACAUGUAUGGAGAGGUAGAUAAUAUAGUUCUAUCUUAUGGAGAGCUCGAUCUAAGCACUAGAACAUGCACUUUGAUGGUUGACGAUACAAACUUGGAAAAUAUACUUCAGCUUACCUUAGAGGAUAUGGAUAGAGAGAAUGCUUAUCAUGUCUCAUACAAAGUAGAUUCAAAAGGCAUGGAACUUUUUAAAAAGUAUACAUCUGUAAAAGGACGCUACAUUCUAGAUGAUCUAUACACUCAAGAAAAAGACAAAGUUCCGCUGAUAGACUACGGACUGAAGCUUAUUUACGAAAAGUAUCAUUUAAUUAAUGAUCUAAUUAAGUACAUCAAAGAAAUGGAAAGUCCUAGUAACAAUAAUAAAGUACAGGAUAUACCUGAAAAA